UCUGCCCAUUCACUUUGAAUGGGGUGACGUCACGUCCGCUCACGUUUUCGCCGAACUGCAUCACGGGAAGGCAAGCGUAACUUUGAGAGCGUCUCGCGCGUAAAAAGUUGAACAAUGUUGAACUUUUUACGCACGAAACGCUCUCUCGGUUCCUGACAAGUGAGCGUAAGCCAAUCAAAUCCCGUUUCAGAAAAUCUGACAGCUCAAGACGUAGCCAAUCAAAAACCGCGCAUACGCUGGGAGAGAUAUCCUGAGAUAUCCCGCCGUUCAUGUCUAUAUUUGAAAUAAAAUGGACGAGGUUAUAAUCGUAGCGGUAGCGAAUCACCCUGUAUUAUUUGAUGUGACCCUGUUCACCUACCGGGAUAGAAACCAGAGGAACCAGGCAUGGAAGGAGGUGGCAGAGACAGUGGGGGAAACUGACGAAGUGUGCAAAAAGCAUUGGAAGUCCCUCAGGGACCGAUACCGCAGGGAGAGGAUCCUGGAGAAGGAAGGGAAAAGUAGCGGGGCAGGGGCUUCCGGGGGAUCUAAGCCCUGGCGUCUCGCGGCAGUAAUGAGCUUUUUAAAGCCCUUCAUGCUGGACCGUGAGAUGUCCAGCAAUUUCCCCCGGCAACCCCUGCCUCCACCCACCGGAGCAGAAGAAGAGGAAGACUCUAUGGGUGACAGCCUGGAUGACAGUCUGGAAAGCCAGCCAGAGCCAGGUAGCAGUCAGCCGGCCAGUCAGCCGGCCAGUGUGCCAGACGGUGUGCCAGACGGUGUGCCGGCCAGUGUGCCAGCAUUCCGGGGGAAGAAGAGCAGGGGAAGGGAGAUGUCCCCUUUUGAGGAGAACCUGCUGUCGGCCGUAGGCCCGAUGCUGGCCAUGCCACCACCACCACCACCAGUGGUGGAGGUGGAAGACGAGGACCUCCUUUUUUUAAGGAGUCUCUGGCCUGCAAUGCAAAAGCUGAGCAGGACGAGCAGCAUGAGACUGAAAAUGAAGCUACAAGAGGCGGUCCUGGAGGCCACAGAAAUGGACAUUAAUAAUUCAUUAAUUAAUUAGAUACUGAUACUGAUACUGAUCCACAUUACAUCUUUUUACACUCAUCACACAC